AUGGCAGGCUCUGAUGACGUCAGCGGCAUCCGCGUCCAUCAUCCUGCAGCAAUGGAACGCUCUCAUUCAACGCCGGGAGCUGCCCAAGGGUUCCACGCCUUACAUUCUUCUGGCAGUCUGCCUUUUACUGGUGAGGGGGCGUGCGUGAGUGUUCGUCUUCUGGUUGGACAUCUUCUCAAUCUUCCAGGACGAGGAGCAAGCAAGCCAGUUGCCUGGUACCCACUACUCUCCCUCUCCCCCCCACACCCCCUUUCUCCUGCCCAGGUGUUCAUAUUAUGGUUUGACAUCUUCUCAAUCUUCCAGGACGAGGAGCAAGCACUCAUCCGUGCCUCCUCUUCCAUACCCCCGCAAUUCGCUCAAUCGUCCCUCACCCAGAACGACUCACCACCAUCAUCGCCAGCAGCGGUUGCAGCAGGAGAGUCAGCGCAACAGCACACUGACACCACUCCUGCCUCCUCUCCUGCCACCGCCAACACUGCUUCGGAUGGCUCCGAACCAAGCGCCGAACCUGCAGUUCCCGACAGCAGCAGUGGGGGUGCUGGACACAGCGGUUUAUCUUCCGGGCCUGAGGGGGGGGAUAUCGCUCAUAUGUUUCGGCCGGCGGAGUGGAGGCAGCACACGUUCAGGCGUGUGGGGCUGGUGUCGUUUGCUCAGUUCUCCGGGUAUCGCGUUUCGCCUACUCAGUUUGCCGCUGUUGGGCUGGCCGCCCGCGCCCUGGAUGAAGGGAGAAAGGUGGGCAAAUGCGCGUGGGAACCAGGGAAGCCAGCCGGGGGAGGGCAAGGAGAGAGCAGCAGAGGAGACAAUGCAAAGAGAGGCGCCUCAGAGGGAGGGAAGAGGAGAAGGAGGCUGAUGGUGAAGGAGGUGGUUGGAGAAAGAAAGGGGCUGGAGGGAGGAGGAAAGGGAGAGAGACGCAGAGGCGGAGAGAGGAAGGGUGAGAGGAGGAACGUGGCACGGGCAGAGGGGAGGAGGGGGGAGGGGAAGAGGGAGGAAGAGAGGUGGGAGGAGUGGGGAACGAAGGAUGGGAGGGAGGAGGAGAGGAGCAGAGUGCUGAGGAGAGGAAAGGAGGGCAAGAUGGUGGGUCAGGAGUCGAAAGGGGGUAUUGCUGCUGAGAACUUUGAGGCGUCUCAGAAAAGGAGACAGCUAGAGGAGGGGGGCGGGGAUGCUGCUGCUGCACAGGAAAGUGGGGAAAAGGCGGGAGGAGGGGAAGGGGGAGGAGAAGGUGCGGGAGGGAACGGCUCAUCUGCUAAUUCACCUGAUAAAUCACCUGAGAGUGAUCCCUCUGUGAAUGGGGAGAAACCGGGCGAGUCGAGGGAGGAGGAGGAGGAGAGGAGGGAGGAGGCGGAGGAGGAGGAAAGGGGGUGGAUACAUGGCAGUGUGGAGGUGCUACACGUGGGAGAACACCAUUGGUGGAAAUACGCUGGGCUGAUUUUGCUCUGCACGCUCAAGAGGGAGGCAUACGUGGCAGAGGGGGGGUGGCUGCACAUGCGCAUAGACGGGGAGGAUGUGGUGGUUUAUGAGGAGGAGGCAGGGGAGGUGGUGAACGCUGUACCGCAUCCCCCCUUCCUGCACAACAUCACGCACUGCUCGCCCCCCAUUCACCACCAGGUGAGAGCAGAGCGCGUCCGCCAGUGGAUGGAUCUGCACAUCCGCAUGGGGGUGGACCACUACGUUCUCUACGAUGUGGGAGGGGUGGACCUGCAACUGCGCUCCGUGCUGCAGCCGUUUCUUGAUGGAGGGAUAGUGGAAGUCACUGACUUCCGUGAUGUGGUGAACUAUGAGUCCUGGUACUAUGGACAGGUGAUGAUAGUGAACGACUGUGUGUACCGCUUUCGCCGCCUCUCCAAGUGGCUCAUGUACCUUGACUUUGACGAGUUCAUCUUUAUCGAUGGUCAAGAGCGAGUACCCAACCCAAUGAGCGUGCAUGAAUUCCUUGCCCCUCACGAGGGCCUGCCCUAUGUGAGCCACGGGUGCCUGUGGUGGGACCAUGAGCGCUGCCUUCCUGCUCAAGGCGAUAAUGACCCCAGGUGGCCGUUGGAGCGCAUGCUGUGGCACUGGCCGUUCAUCUACUGCCAGGCAAAGGACAACACCACCGAUCCAAGCAUGUGCCUCAACCACUGGGGCCACCGCAAGCUCUUUGUGGAUCCCAGGAAGGUGCGAGUGGUGGAGAAUCACAUUGUUGCAGACCCCAGAGGGGGAGGGAAGGACCUGCCCACAGACGCACUCAGACACCACCACUUCCGUGGCAUUAUAAAGUAUGGAGCGAGCGAAUGCAGCCUGGGCAUGAAGGCUGACGACCCCAUUGAAUGGUGGGCCCAUGGGACUGAGGAGGCGGACAGAAUGCACUAUGUGCGAACACACCCGCUCGAUGUUCCGUCUCUUGUUGCCCAACACAAGUGGUGGAGAGAUUACGUGCUACGAACACAACGAGGCCAGUAA